CCAGGUCAGAACCGGUGCGGGAGCGGAGCCGCGCGAAGCCGGCAGGAGCACGCGGGAGCGCGGCCCCGCAGUGGCCCGGCCCGAGAGAGCAGCGCGCAGGAGCCGGAGCGGCGCCACGGCCCCCACCCCAACGCGGACCUCGCCCAGAACUCGGACCCCGGCCUCGACGCGUGAUCUCGCCCGCCUCGCACGCCCUGGCCGCCGGGCCGCGGGCAUGGACGGCGUCCGCUCGCCCUAGAUGGACGGCGAUGGCGGCCGCCGAGACGCCCCCGGCACGCUGAUGGAGCCCGGGCGCGGCGCGGGGCCCGCGGGCAUGGCGGAGCCUCGGGCGAAGGCGGCGCGGCCAGGGCCCCAGCGCUUCCUGCGGCGCAGCGUGGUAGAGUCGGACCAGGAGGAGCCGCCGGGCUUGGAAGCAGCGGAGGCUCCGGGCCCACAGCCCCCGCAGCCCCUGCAGCGCCGGGUGCUUCUGCUCUGCAAGACGCGCCGCCUCAUCGCGGAGCGCGCCCGCGGACGCCCCGCCGCCCCCGCGCCCGCAGCGCCGGUAGCGCAGCCGGGAGCCCCCGGAGCCCCAGCGGACGCCGGCCCCGAGCCCGUGGGCGCGCAGGAGCCCGGCCCGGACCCCAUCGCAGCCGCUGUCGAAACCGCGCCUGCCCCCGACGGCGGCCCCAGGGAGGAGGCGGCAGCGACCGUGAGGAAGGAGGAUGAGGGGGCGGCCGAGGCGAAGCCUGAGCCCGGGCGCACACGCCGGGACGAGCCCGAAGAGGAGGAGGACGACGAGGACGACCUCAAGGCCGUGGCCACCUCUCUGGACGGCCGCUUCCUCAAGUUCGACAUCGAGCUGGGCCGCGGUUCCUUCAAGACCGUCUACAAGGGGCUGGACACGGAGACCUGGGUGGAGGUGGCCUGGUGUGAGCUGCAGGACCGGAAGCUCACCAAGCUGGAGCGGCAGCGGUUCAAGGAAGAGGCUGAGAUGCUGAAAGGCCUGCAGCACCCCAACAUCGUGCGCUUCUACGACUUCUGGGAGUCUAGCGCCAAGGGCAAGCGGUGCAUUGUGCUGGUGACCGAGCUGAUGACCUCAGGGACGCUGAAGACGUACCUGAAGCGGUUCAAGGUGAUGAAGCCCAAGGUUCUCCGCAGCUGGUGCCGGCAGAUCCUGAAGGGCCUGCUGUUCCUGCACACAAGGACACCGCCCAUCAUCCACCGAGACCUGAAAUGUGACAAUAUUUUUAUCACCGGACCGACUGGGUCUGUGAAGAUUGGCGACUUGGGCCUGGCCACUCUCAAAAGAGCAUCAUUUGCCAAAAGUGUGAUAGGUACUCCCGAGUUCAUGGCGCCCGAGAUGUACGAGGAGCACUACGAUGAGUCCGUGGACGUCUAUGCCUUUGGGAUGUGCAUGCUGGAGAUGGCCACCUCAGAGUACCCCUACUCGGAGUGCCAGAACGCGGCCCAGAUCUACCGCAAGGUCACCUGUGGUAUCAAGCCGGCCAGCUUUGAGAAAGUGCACGAUCCCGAAAUCAAGGAGAUUAUUGGGGAGUGUAUCUGCAAAAACAAGGAGGAAAGGUACGAGAUCAAAGACCUGCUGAGCCACGCCUUCUUCGCAGAGGACACGGGCGUGAGGGUUGAGCUCGCGGAGGAGGACCACGGCAGGAAGUCCACCAUCGCCCUGAGGCUCUGGGUGGAAGACCCUAAGAAACUGAAGGGAAAGCCCAAGGACAAUGGAGCCAUAGAGUUCACCUUCGACCUGGAGAAGGAGACGCCGGAUGAAGUGGCCCAAGAGAUGAUUGAGUCUGGAUUCUUCCAUGAGAGUGACGUCAAGAUCGUGGCCAAGUCCAUCCGUGACCGCGUGGCUUUGAUCCAGUGGCGGCGGGAGAGGAUCUGGCCUGCGCUGCAGCCCAAGGAGCAGCAGGAUGUGGGCAGCCCGGACAAGGCCAGGGGUCCGCCGGUGCCCCUGCAGGUCCAGGUGACCUACCAUGCACAGGCUGGGCAGCCUGGGCCACCAGAGCCUGAGGAGCCGGAGGCUGACCAGCACCUCCUGCCACCUACGUUGCCGACCAGCGCCACCUCCCUGGCCUCGGACAGCACCUUCGACAGCGGCCAGGGCUCUACCGUGUACUCGGACUCGCAGAGCAGCCAGCAGAGCGUGGUGCUUGGCUCCCUUGCCGACGCAGCGCCGCCCCCGGCCCAGUGUGUGUGCAGCCCCCCUGUGAGCGAGGGGCCCGUCCUGCCACAGAGCCUGCCCUCACUGGGGGCCUACCAGCAGCCCACGGCUGCACCUGGCCUGCCGGUGGGCUCCGUCCCGGCCCCUGCCUGCCCUCCGCCCCUCCAGCAGCACUUCCCGGAUCCGGCCAUGAGCUUCGCCCCCGUGCUGCCGCCGCCCAGCACCCCUGUGCCCACGGGCCCAGGCCAGCCAGCGCCCCCCGGCCAGCAGCCUCCUCCGCUGGCCCAGCCGACACCCCUGCCGCAGGUCCUGGCCCCACAGCCCGUGGGCCCCCUCCAGCCGGUUCCCCCCCACCUGCCACCAUACCUGGCUCCAGCCUCCCAAGUGGGGGCCCCUGCUCAGCUGAAGCCCCUCCAGAUGCCACAGGCGCCCCUGCAGCCGCUUGCUCAAGUCCCUCCGCAGAUGCCCCCGAUUCCUGUUGUGCCCCCCAUCACGCCCCUGGCGGGAAUCGACGGCCUCCCUCCAGCCCUCCCAGACCUGCCGACUGCAACCGUGCCUCCCGUGCCACCGCCUCAGUAUUUCUCUCCAGCCGUGAUCUUGCCGAGCCUCGCUGCCCCACUCCCCGCUGCGUCCCCAGCCUUGCCUCUGCAGGCUGUGAAGCUGCCCCACCCCCCUGGGGCGCCCCUGGCCAUGCCCUGCCGGACCAUUGUGCCAAAUGCACCAGCCACCAUCCCCCUGCUGGCCGUAGCCCCACCGGGUGUGGCUGCCCUGUCCAUUCAUUCUGCCGUGGCCCAGCUCCCAGCCCCUGUGUACCCAGCGGCCUUCCCACAGAUGGCGCCUACCGACGUCCCUCCUUCCCCCCAUCACACGGUGCAGAAUAUGAGGGCCACCCCUCCACAGCUGGCACUGCCUCCGCACCCGCCUCCGCAACCCACACUGCCCCCACAACCCACGCUGCCCCCACAACCCACGCUGCCCCCACAAACCACGCUGCCCCCUCAACUGUUGCCCCCGCAACCCAUGCUGCCCCCACAACCCGUGCUGCCCCCGCAGCCGGCACUGCCUGUGCGCCCUGAGCCCCUCCAGCCCCACCUUCCUGAACAAGCUGCUCCAGCUGCUGCACCAGGGAGCCAGAUUCUGCUUGGCCACCCAGCUCCCUAUGCUGUGGACAUCGCCGCUCAGGUCCCCACCGUGCCUGUGCCACCGGCUGCGGUCCUCUCCCCACCUCUGCCGGAAGUGCUGCUGCCCGCCGCCCCUGAGCUCCUGCCUCAGUUCCCCAGCUCCCUGGCCACGUUGUCUGCCUCUGCGCAGAGUGUGCCCACCCAGACCGCCACACUUCUGCCAUCAGCAAACCCGCCACUGCCUGGCGGGCCCGGGAUUGCCAGCCCUUGCCCAGCUGUCCAGCUGACGGUGGAACCAGUCCAAGAGGAGCAGGCCUCACAGGACAAGCUGCCCGGCCUCCCGCAGAGCUGUGAGAGCUAUGGAGGUUCUGAUGUCACUUCUGGAAAAGAGCUGAGUGACAGCUGUGAAGGCGCCUUUGGAGGGGGCAGGCUGGAGGGCAGGGCAGCCCGGAAACACCACCGCAGGUCCACGCGUGCACGCUCCCGGCAAGAGAGGGCCAGCCGGCCCCGGCUUACCAUCUUGAAUGUGUGCAACACUGGGGACAAGAUGGUGGAGUGCCAGCUGGAGACGCACAACCACAAGAUGGUGACCUUCAAGUUCGACUUGGACGGGGACGCACCCGAUGAAAUUGCCACGUAUAUGGUGGAGCACGACUUUAUCCUGCAAGCUGAGCGGGAGACGUUCAUCGAGCAGAUGAAGGAUGUCAUGGACAAGGCAGAGGACAUGCUCAGCGAGGACACGGACGCCGACCGUGGCUCCGACCCAGGGACCAGCCCGCCACACCUCAGCACCUGUGGCCUAGGCACCGGGGAGGAGAGCCGACAGUCCCAAGCCAACGCCCCUGUGUAUCAGCAGAACGUCCUGCACACCGGGAAGAGGUGGUUCAUCAUCUGUCCGGUGGCUGAGCACCCCGCCCCCGAGGCCCCUGAAUCUUCGCCCCCACUUCCUCUAAGCUCCCUGCCGCCAGAAGCCAGCCAAGAUCCAGCGCCCUAUAAAGACCAGCUGUCCUCGAAGGAACAACCUGGCUUUCUAGCCGGUCAGCAGCUCCUGAGCCAGGCGGGCCCCAGCAACCCUCCUGGGGGGCCCCCAGCCCCUUUGGCCCCCUCCUCCCCUCCUGUGACUGCUCUGCCCCAAGAUGGAGCAGCUCCAGCCACCAGCACCAUGCCAGAGCCAGCGUCAGGAACUGCCAUCCAGGCAGGGGGUCCAGGGACCCCUCAGGGGCCAACCAGUGAGCUCGAGACCUCUCAGCCACUAGCGGAGACUCAUGAGGCCCCGCUUGCUGUGCAGCCCCUCGUGGUGGGCCUAGCACCUUGCACUCCAGCUCCAGAGGCUGCCUCAACCAGGGACGUCAGUGCCCCAAGGGAGCCCCUGCCAGCUUCUGCGCCUGAGCCCAGCCCCCACAGCGGGGCCCCACAGCCCGCCUUGGGUCAGCCUGCUCCCCUGCUUCCUGCCACAGUGGGGGCCGUCAGCCUGGCCACCUCCCAGCUCCCAAGCCCACCCCUGGGGCCCACCAUCCCCCCACAGCUACCCUCGGCCCUGGAGUCGGAUGGGGAAGGGCCGCCCCCCAGGGUGGGCUUUGUGGACAGCACCAUCAAGAGCCUGGACGAGAAGCUGCGGACUCUGCUCUACCAGGAGCACGUGCCCACCUCCUCAGCCUCAGCCGGGACCCCUGUGGAGGUGGGCGACAGAGACUUCACCCUGGAGCCCCUGAGAGGGGAUCAGCCCCGCUCAGAGGUCUGUGGGGGGGACCUGGCCCUGCCCCCAGCGCCUAAGGAGGCAGUCGCAGGGCGUGCCCAGCUGCCCCAGCCCUUGGUGGAGAAGUCAGAACUGGCCCCCACUCGAGGGGCCGUGAUGGAGCAGGGCACGUCUUCAUCAAUGACAGCAGAGUCGUCUCCCAGGAGUAUGCUGGGCUAUGACAGAGAUGGAGGGCAGGUGGCCUCAGACCCCCGUAUGGUCCCCAGCACCCCCCAGGAUGUACCUGCUUUUGUGAGACCUGCACGUGUGGAGCCCACAGACAGGGAUGGUGGAGUCGCUGGAGAAAGCUCAGCAGAGCCUCCGCCGAGUGGCAUGGGCAUUUCCACAGUCGGGGGCCAGGCCAGCCACCCCCAGACACUUGGCGCUCGAGCUUUGGGGUCCCCUCGGAAACAUCCAGAGCAGCAGGAUGUCAGCUCACCAGCCAAGACUGUGGGCCGUUUCUCAGUAGUCAGCACUCAGGAUGAGUGGACCCUGGCCUCCCCCCACAGCCUGAGAUACUCCGCCCCACCCGACGUCUACCUGGAUGAGGCCCCCUCCAGCCCCGACAUGAAGCUGGCAGUGCGGCGGGCGCAGACGGCCUCCUCCAUCGAGGUCGGCGUGGGCGAGCCCGUGUCCAGUGACUCUGGGGACGAGGGCCCUCGGGCGAGACCCCCGGUGCAGAAGCAGGCGUCCGUGCCCGGGAGUGGCAGCGUGGCUGGCGACUUUGUGAAGAAGGCCACCGCCUUCCUCCAGAGGCCUUCUCGGGCCGGCUCGCUGGGCCCUGAGACGCCCAGCAGGGCUGGCAUGAAGGUCCCCACCAUCAGUGUGACCUCCUUCCAUUCCCAGUCGUCCUAUAUUAGCAGCGACAAUGACUCGGAGCUCGAGGAUGCUGACAUAAAGAAGGAGCUGCAGAGUCUGCGGGAGAAGCACCUGAAGGAGAUCUCGGAGUUGCAGAGCCAGCAGAAGCAGGAGAUCGAGGCUCUGUACCGCCGCCUGGGCAAGCCACUGCCCCCCAAUGUGGGCUUCUUCCACACGGCACCCCCGACUGGCCGCCGGAGAAAAGCCAGCAAGAGCAAGCUGAAGGCGGGCAAGCUGCUGAACCCCCUGGUGCGGCAGCUCAAGGUCGUGGCCUCCAGCACAGGUCACUUGGCUGACUCCAGCAGAGGCCCUCCCGCUAAGGACCCUGCCCAAGCCAGUGCGGGGCUCACUGCAGACAGCACGGGCCUGAGCGGGAAGGCAGUGCAGACCCAGCAGCCCUGCUCCGUCCGGGCCUCCCUGUCUUCGGACAUCUGCUCCGGCUUAGCCAGUGAUGGAGGCGGAGCGCGUGGCCAAGGCUGGACGGUUUACCACCCAACGUCUGAGAGAGUGACCUAUAAGUCUAGUAGCAAACCUCGUGCUCGAUUCCUCAGUGGACCCGUAUCUGUGUCCAUCUGGUCUGCCCUGAAGCGUCUCUGCCUAGGCAAAGAACACAGCAGUAGGUCCUCCACCAGCAGCCUGGCCCCAGGCCCUGAGCCAGGCCCCCAGCCCGCCCUGCACGUCCAGGCGCAGGUGAACAACAGCAACAACAAGAAGGGCACCUUCACGGACGACCUGCACAAGCUGGUGGACGAAUGGACAAGCAAGACGGUGGGGGCCGCACAGCUGAAGCCCACGCUCAACCAGCUGAAGCAGACCCAGAAGCUGCAAGACAUGGAGGCCCAGGCAGGCUGGGCUGCCCCUGGCGAGGCGCGGGCUAUGACCGCACCUCGAGCAGGAGUGGGGAUGCCACGUCUGCCCCCAGCGCCCGGCCCUCUGUCCACCACGGUCAUUCCCGGAGCCGCCCCGGUCCUGUCCAUGCCCACACCAGAUCCUGAGAGUGAGAAGCCUGACUGACCCCGCCUAGAUGCCAGGCCCACUUCACGCCGUCUAAGUGGAGAAGUGACGGACCCUCAGGGCCAGCUGCUCCUCCUGUCCAGUUCACGCUGUUUUGUAACCACUUUCUAAGCAUUUUUUAUUGACAAUUGGAAACACAAAUGUAAUGCAAGAAUAAAAAAUAUUUUGGGGCAGAAA